AUGAUUACUCGCUUUCUGACAUCCGUUUCGACCGCUUUCUCUCCAUUCAACCCCAAGUCUGGCAAGACGGCUCGCAACUUCCUCGCCCUUCUUCCGCCCAAUGCCCGCUCCACCAUGAAGAUCGAUAUCAAGCAACUGUCCAAAGCCGAUGCCAACAAGCCUGCCCUCUUGGCUCUUAAAUUCAAGGAUGGCAAAGAGAUGAACCUCGACUUGGACACAUUGAAGAUUAAGGAUAUCAUGACAGAGGUUGACAGACACUCGCGCAUGCUCGGCAGAAAGGAAGAGCUGGCCGGUUGA